CGCCGGACGGUGGUGAGCAACGUGGUUGGCUCCUUCCGUCGUUUCUUCCGUGAGAGAAAUCAACAGUCAGGACUCGACUGUCCUGUCGGCACGACACACGCGUUUCGAGACACAUCCGGGCAUCGCAUCGGCGGUGUAUGAUCCCACGGGAAUCGGUCAUUCGGAUCGGAUCGCCACGAUCACCACGAACGAACUGUAAUGAGAUUGUCGAUUAUCAUCUAUGAGUGCCCGAUCGUAGCACGAAGACAGAAGGAAGGACUCUCUAGUCAGGAGGGAUAGGAAGAGGAAUUUGUUCUCUUCGAGAAAACGGGAGGCUGUUUGGUGCGGUGUGUGGAAUAAUCUGCUGCUUUAAAAAAAGGGGACACACGUCACGGUAUCGGGUGCGAGAACGUAUCGGGACCGUUAUCCGAGCACGUGGUUUUUCACAAGGUGCAGAAACGAGAAGCUUCCGGUGAAUCUUGGAUACGUCGACGAGGAACGAUACCAACGCGAUACCAACGGAAUGUUCGUGCGGACGUUUCGAUAUCUCGUAUCCUCGUAAGGGCCGACGUCUCGCGCACGUGGAAGGGCCCGGGAAAGAGGGAGAGUGAUCUCGAGUGUGAGGAUAGUGUGUUGUUGUAAAACAAGUGCUCCUCUACCGUGCCUUCCAUCUCUUCCGUAUCGUCUGACCUUUUCCCCUUUUUCUCUUUCUUCCUUCCUUUUCUUUUCCUUUUGUCUUAUCUCGCUCGGAUUGCCUUAUGAGCAGAGCAAAGGUGGAAAAGUGUCGCAAAAUCAACAGAAGUGCAGGAAUCGCUGUCACCCUCGGCUUCAAGGUCGUGGAAUGACGUAUAAGACUCUAGCCCAAGCGGAGAGUAGGAGCAAGGCCGAGUGAUAGAGGCAGUGUGAUGAGCGGAUACUUCGGUAGCAUCACCCUGUCCCCGACGUUGCUGCACGACCCGAAAUAUCCUCCAGCCAUGCGGGAGAAGGAUUCGAGUCCGAGAAAGAUGCCGGGCCACAUAAGCCCAAAACAAGCCAGCAUUUAUCCACUGAGCGUCCGCGUGCCGGAUGUCGAGGAACUGCCAUACGAUCUCAGCCACGGUCACGGCCGCGGCCUGUCGAGCCCGACGAAUCAGCAACAGCAGCAGCAGCCGCACAUGAGCCCCGCGGCCAGACCGCCCCAGCCGCAUCAUCAGGACGAGCUCGAUUGCGAGCCGCUCGAUCUCCGCGUCGAUCAUAAAAAGGAGCGGCUCAGAGAUGAGAAUCAGAAUGAGAUCGAGGUACUGAAUCAGAACAGCCUGGGUGGCGGUCUGCCGUAUCACACGGUGCUCUUUCCCCAACAUCACGCGAUGCAUCCGCUGGUCCUGGAAGCGAUGUACAGAUCGCAUCAUCACAGCUCGCCGGUGCCCGACCUGCCAAAGAUCCAAGUCAGAGCGCUCCCCACGAUGGUGCCCUUGCCGCCCAACAGAUUCUCCUCGACUUCGUCGUCCACCUCCUCGUCGUCUUCGUCGCAGCCAACCGCGAGAGUCGCCAGUCCGGCCGUUGGUCAACAGUCCCAGCAUCAACAGAAUCAUCCCUCGCAACAGCAACAGCAGCAGCAGCAGCAGCAGCAGCAGCAACAACAGCAGCAACCGCAGCAGCAAACCUCGAGUCUGCCGCCUUACUCCAUCAGCGUGCAAGCCGGUCUUAAGCCGAAGGACAGAUACUCCUGCAAAUUCUGCGGCAAGGUCUUCCCCAGAUCGGCGAAUUUGACAAGACACUUAAGAACGCACACCGGUGAGCAGCCGUACAAGUGUAAAUACUGCGAGAGAAGCUUCAGUAUCUCCAGCAACCUUCAGCGUCACGUCAGGAACAUCCAUAACAAGGAGAAGCCGUUCAAAUGUCCGCUUUGCGAGAGAUGCUUCGGCCAACAAACGAAUCUGGAUCGACACCUGAAGAAGCACGACGCGGACGGGCCGACGAUACUGGACGAGGUCAGAUCGAGGUAUCACAGUCAGCUUCCGCGGGCCGACGAUUCCUACUUCGAGGAAAUCCGCAGCUUCAUGGGCAAGAUCACCUCGCACCGACAAGGCAUGCCGUACUUCCCCGGUCUGCUGGGUCACGCGACCGACGAUUUCAGAAAUGACAAGCAGCAGUUGCAGCUGGACGAGAAGCGAGGCGACUCGUCGUAUUUCAGCGACCGGGACAAUCUCAGCUCGAGGUCGAGCAGCACGGCCAGUAGGCCGGAGAGCGUCCAGGAGGAACAAAGGGACGUGAACUCGCCGCCCCUCUCCCCCGGCAAUAACACCUGAGUCCCGAAGCGCGAUCAUCAGCACGGUAAUCCUGUUAAGAGAGGUUCUCGUUGUUUGUUUCGUCAAAAUACGAAGAAAAGAAAAUCCGGCAUUUCGAAACGUCGGAAUUGACUUGAAGAACAAGAGGUUUGGAAAAAUGAAAUUUUCAACAAGACUCCACAUAUCGGUAUCGCCCCGAAGAACUGCUUUGCAUACAGUGAUCUAGGUUAAUUCGAAACUACAUUAAACAAAAUAAUUCAUUUCAUUUCCUCAUAGAAAUUCCUGCAGGCUGAAACGUAAAGAAAAACCAAGGGAAUCUGAAGAAAAAGAAAAUGGUCAAUAUUCACGAAGGUAAAUCCUAAGGAUCGGCAACGAAUUUCUUGCUCAAAUUAACAAGCGGUCGAAUCAGUUUUUUAUUCUAGAUUUUAAUAAUUACGUAUUUUAAAAAUCAAUUUGCAACUGAAAGAUUAACUGAUAGAUUCAACAUGAAAAGAAUGGAAAAUUAAAACGUAGUGCCUUGAAAAAAUAUGUGCCUAGCUUCUAGGAUGUAUUGUCCUUUGAUCCUGAAGAAUACGAUCCAACCGGAUCAAUAUAAAAGAGCCUUAAUAAUAAAGUUAGAUAAACAAUUAUAUAUACAACUUACAUUAAAUAUCGUACAAUAUUAGAAUCUUAGACUUAAACGCGUGCUUGAGCGAGUUGAAAGUCAUAAAGAGAUAGGCGAAGUUGAUUGUAAAUCUAUAGAUUUGUGAAGAGAUAGAAAAGACGAA